AUCUACAGAGUUUCUGAGCAGUGCCUGCUUCGGUACACUUAACAUUCGCACACAAGCAGAACACAGCAUGUUCAAAGAGGCGUUCCUCGCUGCGGCAUUCUUCGCAUGGUGCCAUGUCUUUUCGGCGCAGGGCAUGGAGGUUCUCCCUCGUCCUCUUGAUGUGUCCGUAUAUGCCAUUAUUGACGACUCAUAUGUAAACCUGCUUGGCAAUGCGCGGCUUGCAGCACAAUUCCUCGAAGCUGCUAUGAACGGGGCUACACUGCAGUACGCCGGUGGAUUCCGGAAUGUAUAUAUAAGACUUCUACUUACGAGCCUUGCUGCGGUUGGGCCAAGAAGAGAGGCAUUCUUCAUGAAGCUACGGGGUGAUGGCAAUCUCGAUGGAGAACAUUCUCUGAAGGUCUUCGGAAAGCAGGCAGAGGUCGUACAUCAGGAAGAGCAAACUAAAACCCACACAAGAACAUUUACAAAGGACGUGGUCCUGCUUGUAACGGGGAGAGCGAUAUGUGCAUUGCCCGGUGACAACGGUCGCUGCAAAGUCGUUAAGGGCAUAGCAGCGCCUCGGAGUUUGUGCACCAACAGCAGUGCUGCGAUUGUAACGUUUACCAGAGAUAUCCAGGAGGCUACUGAUCGUGUUGCGAGAUACAUGGCAAAGGUGAUGGGAGCAGAUGUACAAGAUACGCGUGAAUGCAGCUGCAAAGAAGAUAGCAUUUUUGAUGAACUCGUCGAAGACGACAUGAUUACUUACUUAAGAACUAUUGAUCGGUCUUGCCUCCCUCGACAUAAAAAUCCGGCAUAUUUCCUGACACCGGGAUCGCUUUUUCAUCAAGACGGCUUCUGUGAAGCCAAAUUACCAGGCAGACCAGGCAUCAACUACUGCGGGGCCGACGAGGACAUAAACUCCUGCCAGGUACAUUGCUGUUCACCAGGCAAAUCCUUGACAGAAGUGUACAGCGCUCCGGAUGGGACUCCAUGUGACGCGUUCAGCCGUAUUGUUCUGACAGGCACUGCUACAUGGAGUAACUCAACUGACUUUCUGAAUGCAAGGCUCUGCUAUAGAGGAAGGUGCACUGCAACAGCGACUGACUUGCAGUACAUACUCAAGACCGAUCGGAAAAACUUUGAUUGGUGAAUUUCUGCGAAUUGCGGGUUUCCUAACAGCAACAGGCCGACUCGAUGAUAUCUAGGCUUCCGCUAGCGUGUUACAGUCUAUAUACAGGGUUCGCCAAGAUACACUUCGUGGUUUGUAAC